AUGGCCAGAUCAUCCAGAUUGUGUGUAUUCCUGCAUGGUAUCAUUGCUAAGGUGCAACUUCUUCCAGGUGGUUCGCACGUGGGUGUAUGCUAUGGCAUGCUCGGCAACAACUUACCAGAGCCGUCCAAUGUCGUGGCACUGUACCAUAAGCACCAGAUCAGCAAAAUGAGGCUCUACGAUCCAAACCCAGAGGCCCUACAGGCCCUCCAAAACACAGGGAUCGAGCUGAUCGUUGGGGUCCACAACCAGGAUCUCCAGUCAAUCGCAUCCUCCAUCUCCAUAGCCUACAUCUGGGUCCAACAGAACAUCCAACGGUUCUGGCCAGCCGUCAGUUUCCGAUACAUCGCCGUAGGGAACGAGGUGAUCCCGGGCCAUCUGGCCCAGUUCGCCCUCCCAGCGGUGAAGAACAUACACAAUGUCUUGAAAUCUAUCGGAUUAGACGGUCAGAUCAAGGUGUCCACGUCAGUCAGUACGUCGAUCAUGGGCACAUCCUACCCUCCAUCAGCGGGUACCUUCUCGGAUAGUUCAUGUGCCUACAUGGGCCCGAUAGCCCAAUUCCUAGCUAUCACUGGUGGCCCACUUCUAGCCAAUGUGCACCCCUACUUCAGCUAUGUAUCGGACCCCUGGGAUAUCAAGUUGGACUACGCCAUCUUUCAAUCCAAGACGUUCAUUGUGCUGGAUGGCCCAUAUUACUACAUGAACCUGUUUGAUGCGAUCGUGGACGCCCUCUACGCGGCCCUGGAGAAAGCGGACGCACCCCAAGUGCCGAUCGUAGUGUCGGAGAGUGGAUGGCCGUCCGAUGGAGGAUCUGCGGCCAAUAUUUCAAUAGCAGAGACGUACGUCAAUGGCUUGAUUGAUCAUGUGGCAUCCAAUCAAGGGACCCCACGGAGGUGGGCCUGGCCCAUCGAGGCGUACGUGUUUGCUAUGUUCAACGAGAAUUUGAAGCCGGCCGGGGUCGAGCAGCACUGGGGCCUGUUCUACCCAGACGAACAACCGGUGUUGCAUGUCCCAACGUUUUAAAUCGGUCGGUUUUGAAUCGUUCACCACUGAUAUGGGCCCAUAUCGGCCCUGUAUCGGACUGUUUCGGGCCGAUACAGAUACAUGCUACAUAGUACAUCCCUAGUAUUGUCUAGUUCAAGUAAGAGUGUGGCGGAAAAUGUCACACGUGUGGAAGGGGAAUGCACACGUGUGGAGAAUCAAGGGCGUUGUUAUGGAUUAAAUAAGUAGAUUUCGUAUUAGUGUGUGG